AUGGAAUGGAAACAAUCUUUAUAUAUGAGAGAGCUUCAACAGGUAAUUAAAAGAACAAAACAAAUUUUAGAUGCACAAGAAAUAACGUUGAAAUCUAUAUCAUUUAACAACAACGAUGACGAUGAAUAUGAUAGUGUUGAUAACAACAUAAAACAUGAAGAAUUAUACAAAUUAUCGUUUAUUAACCAAACCAGAAUCGAAACUCCACAAAAAGUUGGUGAUUAUAGCAAGGGAGAAAAUGACAAAGAGCUAGGAGAAGAUGAAGAGGAGAAAGAAUUGGGACAAAGGAGACAAAUCACGGAGAUAACAGAUGGUGUUGAAUCAUCGAAUCAUGUUGUCCAUAAAAUCAGAUCUCCAAUAUUUUCGGAAGAUCUAAAUUAUUCAUCUGAUGAUUUUUAUAAACAAUCUAGAUUGUUUGAUUCAAAUAUUUUAUUGAACAAUCAUAGUAAUGACGUGAAAUCUAACGAGAAUAAUAAUUCGCAACAUAUGGUCAUAGAAGAAGGAGAAGAAAAAGAAGGCGAAGAAGAGGAAGAUGAUGAUACUCAAGAAACAGAAGAUGAGGACAAUGUAGAAUUAAAAUGUGAAAAUGUUUAUUCAACAGAUCCAAAUAAAAAAGGAAUAAUUCAAAAAGGUCAAUCUUAUGAAGCAUUUUUAGCAAAAGCAACAUUCAGCAUUGAAGAUUCAACUUAUGAUCCAGUUAAUGAGUCCAAUGAACAUGAAUCUGAAUAUGAUUCAAAAAUAUUAAAAAAUAAUGUAAAUAUAAAUGAAGAUAUGAGAGCAUCAAAUAAGUUAUUUGAUUCAACAAAUGCUAAUCUACUUUCAUCAUGGACAACAUAUAAAACAGAAGACUUAGAGGAUGACAGUUUCUAUGAUUGACAAAUAAAAAUG